CUAAUCUUUGUGUAGUAAUAACCAACCACAAAGUCAUUGUCCAAGUCUAAACAAAACCACAAUGAUGCAUACCCUCUGUUUCUUAGUACUCUUUGCUACAAUACAUGUAACACAAGCAGCUGAAUACAGUGUAACCAACACCGCUCUCUCUACACCAGGUGGAACACGUUUCCGUGACCAAAUAGGAACACAAUACGCCACACAAACACUAGAUUCAGCCACCCAAUUCAUAUGGAACAACGUUUUCCAACAGAACAACCCUUCCGACAGAAAACCCGUGGAAAAAGUUAGUCUAUUCAUCGACGACAUGGACGGAGUUGCAUACACAAGCAACGACGAAAUCCACUUGAGUGGAAGAUACGUUAAUAGCUACAUCGGUGAUGUUAGAAAUGAAAUCACGGGUGUAUUGUAUCAUGAAAUGACACACGUGUGGCAGUGGAAUGGGAAUGGUGAAGCACCUGGUGGAUUAAUUGAAGGUGUAGCGGAUUAUGUGAGAUUGAAAGCUAAUUAUGCUCCUAGUCAUUGGAAAAAAGCAGGGGAAGGUGAUAAAUGGGACCAAGGUUAUGAAGUUACUGCUCGGUUUUUGGAUUAUUGUGAUGGUUUGAGAAAUGGGUUUGUGGCAGAAUUGAAUAAGAUGAUGAGGAGUGGUUAUAGUGAUCAAUUCUUUGUUCAGUUGUUGGGGAAAACUGUUGAUCAGUUGUGGACAGAGUAUAAAGCCAAGUAUGGUAAUAUAGCUUAAUUAAGGGGAUUAAUACAUUAUCUAGUAGCUUUAUAUUAAAUUGAAGAAUAAGUGACUAUAUGUGUCGUUAUAUCUUUGUAAGAUUGCAUGUUCAUUAUUCAGCAUGCAGUUAGAACUAAUGAGUUAUGAUCUGUCAAAAAUAUAAACUUAUGAUUAUGAUGAAAUGGAGUUCUUUUUUAUUUA